CUCGGGAGUCGGGACCAAAUUUCUCAGGGGCGGACCUGCGCAUGCUUAAUCCGGCAAUAAUUCUUUUACCGAUGAAGGUGGGCCUUCGCUAGAAUACCGAGCAGACUAUUGUCUGCAAAGAAAUAACUAGUCAGUGAACGUAAAAAUUGGUUAUGUCUUAAAACACGUGCGAAUUAACUUCUUCUUUAAAAAAUGCUAUCCCGAUCGUAUAUGGUUUUAGUUAUCUUUAAUAUCUUGUUAUGUUUUUGUGUGUGUGCGAAUGGAAACUCAGAAUUAAACGUGAAACAGGAAGAACAUUCGCGAUGUUCCUUUAGACAGUUUACCUGUGCCAAUAAAGAAUGUAUACCAAUAAUGUUUAUGUGUGAUAAUGAAGAAGAUUGCUCGGAUGGUUCCGAUGAAGAUCCAAAGGAAUGCUCAAGAAAUUCUACAUGUGGGAAAAAUGAAUUUCGAUGUGGAAGUGGUAAAUGUAUACCGGGGCAUUGGCAAUGUGAUAACGACAAAGACUGUAGUGAUGGUAGCGACGAAGAUGAGCAUACCUGCAAACAAAAGAAAUGCGGAUUAGAUGAAUUCACAUGUCGAUCGGCUCCAGGCGAAUGUGUCCCUUUGACGUGGAUGUGCGACGACAAUGCGGAUUGCUCAGAUGGAAGCGACGAAAAAUCGUGCAAUGAAACCUGCAGGUCGGACGAAUUUACGUGCAAAAAUGGAAAAUGUAUCCAAAAGAGGUGGGUCUGUGACUUGGACAACGACUGCGGGGACAACUCCGAUGAAGGGGAUCAUUGUCCGACAGUCACCUGUGCUGCCGAAACCAAAUUUCAGUGCUCUGAACAAAUUUGUAUAGCCAAUAAAUGGAGGUGUGACGGUGAACGAGACUGUGCAGAUGGCAAGGAUGAACAAGGUUGUCCAAAAGUUGGAACAGGCGUAUCUUUUUGUUUAUCGGAAGAGUAUGAAUGUGCAGACAAACUCACGUGUAUACACAAAAGUUGGCUUUGCGACGGUGCCAAAGAUUGCCCAGACGGAUCCGAUGAGGCGCCGGAUAACUGCCAAAACAUCACUUGUAGAGCUGAUCAGUUCCAAUGCAAAGAUAGAUCUUGCAUUUCGGGACAUUUACAUUGCUCAGGACAUGCCGACUGUCCAGAUGGAUCAGAUGAAGAGGACUGCGGCACCCCUAUCCCAAACUGCGACCCGAAAACUCAGUUCGAUUGCGGUGGCGGUCAAUGCAUUUCAUUUGCUCAAGUUUGCGACGGUCGACAAGACUGUCCAGACUGGGAGGAUGAACCUAAAGACAAAUGUGGGAUAAACGAAUGUCUUCAAAACAACGGAGGUUGUACACAUAAGUGUAUAGACACACCAGCGUCCUUCUAUUGCGAUUGUAAUCACGGUUAUAAGUUGAUCAAUAAUAGAACUUGCAAGGAUAUAAACGAAUGCGAAAUUCCCGGUAGCUGCUCUCAGCUGUGCAUCAAUGACAAAGGAGGUUUUAAAUGCGAAUGUGUAAGUGGUUACAUGAGAGACCCGAGAGAUUUAACAAAAUGUAAAGCUAUAGAAGGCCAUGCUUCCUUGUUAUUCGCCAGGCGAAGAGACAUACGUAAAAUAUCGUUAGAUCACCAUGAAAUGACCAGUAUUGUAAAUGAAACUAACUCGGCGACAGCUUUGGACUUCGUUUUCCGUACGGGUAUGAUAUUCUGGAGCGACGUAACGGAUAAAAAAAUAUACAAAGCUCCUAUCGAUGAAGGAAACGAUAGGAAAGUCGUUAUAACUAACGAUAUCACUAUGUCUGAUGGUUUAGCUGUCGAUUGGAUAUACAACCACAUUUACUGGACCGAUACAGGGAAGAAUACCAUCGAAUUGGCGAACUUUGACGGCAAAAUGAGGAAAGUGUUAAUCAAAGACGAGCUCGAAGAACCGAGAGCACUUGCUUUGAAUCCGUUGGAAGGGUGGAUGUUUUGGACCGAUUGGGGAAGUGACCCUAAAAUUGAAAGGUCUGGAAUGGACGGAUCGCACCGUCAAACCAUCGUCAGUUACGACGUUAAAUGGCCCAAUGGAUUAACUUUGGAUUUGGUGAAGAAACGUGUUUACUGGGUCGACGCUAAAUUAAACAUUAUAUCGGCUUGUGAUUACAACGGGAAAAAUCGAAGAGUUAUACUUUUCUCACCGGACUCAUUAAGGCACCCCUUCUCGAUUACCACCUUCGAAGAUUGGGUUUACUGGACAGAUUGGGACCGAGCGGCGGUAUUCAAAGCGAAUAAAUUCACUGGAAAAGACGUUCAAGCUGUGACAGCCACUGAAAUGAUUCAAAAUCCUAUGGUGAUCCACGUUUAUCAUCCGUACCGCCAGCCAGAUGGUGAAAAUCACUGCCAAGCGGUCAAUGGGCAUUGUUCGCAUCUUUGUUUACCAGCACCCCAGAUCAACAUAGACUCUCCGAAAAUAUCUUGUGCCUGCCCUGAGACUCUUCGAAUGUUGCCUGACGGACUGACUUGUGUCCAAGAUGAAAGCUUAACUACAAGUACCCCAUAUUCUGUGACUUUUUCCGAUAUUGCCACAGAGCAAAUAGAUAAUUUGCAGGACAGCACAACAAACAAAUCUCAUCCAAAUACUCCUAUGAGUGAGUCAUCGGACAAUGGCAUAGUAGCUGGAAUUACAAUAGUUGUAUCCUUGAUAUUAAUUGCUGUAAUUGCUGCGGGUGUGUACUGGUUGUACAGGCAUCUGAUGCAUCGUAAUAUGACUUCAAUGAACUUCGACAACCCAGUGUAUCGGAAAACAACCGAGGAUCAGUUCUCUUUAGAGAAAAACCAAUUUCAACCCACCACGAGGCCAUAUUUAAGUACUGUAGGCGAAGAGGCACAACAGCCUUUAACUAGUGCCAAUACGAAUGACCCGGUUUAAAAUCGAAGCAAUUUUCAAGAGUGCUCAAUAAGUUUAAAAAAAGACUAAAAUACUCGUUCUCAAUUUUCCAAUUGCGAAUAGAAAUAAAUUUUCAAAACUCAAGUUUCGUCCGAUAAGACUGACACAAUGACAACAUAAUUUUGGGAAAUACUCAUCAUUGCCGUUCAGUUUAUGAGGCUAGAAUUUUGAAAAUUUAUUAUGAAUCGUAGAUAAUAGGAGGAAUGGUCAAAUGUCCAAAGAAUUCCUAGAAAUAAAAAUAAAUUAUGUGUUACUUUUGAAAAUAUUGAACUAGAAGUUAAAUUGUAGUAAGUGCUCAAAGCUGUGUUUUGGCUAAAAUUAACUAGUUUCCACUUUUUUGUGGAUAUAUAAAAAGUGCAAUUCCUAAUGGAAUGUGAUAUUUUAUUAGGUUUUGCAUAAAAAUAUGAGUUUGUAUCACCUGUAUCUUAAAAACGAAGGGUUGUUAUGUAUCGUACUAAGAGGUGAUUUUUUUUAAGUAAUUUUAGUUGUAUAUAUAUUUUUUUGGCAAUUUAGAGGAUUAUGUAAAUUGGUACCAAAUGGUUUUUAUGAUAUACAGUGUGCUCCACUUUGAACUUUUUAUUCAUCUAUUUAGAGUUUGUAGUCGUGGUCAAGUUUCUAGUUUAUUCAGCUAUUUUAGUAUAAAUCUGGUUUACUAUAUAUUAAUAUUAAGGUGAUGCCACUAUUAAUUUUCCAAUUUAUCAAAAUCAUUGCCAAGAUACAAAAUUGAAUGUGUUAAAAGCAGAACAUGCUGUAUACAUUUUGUUCCUAAAUGUUAUUUGUAUAUAUAUAUAUUGAAUUUUUAAAGAAAAUGUUUAUAAUAUUAAAUUCUUCUAUUAGUCAUUCAAAUACAUCACAUAGUUGAGAAGUUUUGUAUGUUUUUUUUCUGCUGAAAAUCAAAAUGUAAAAAAUUGUAUAUUUAAAAUUAAUAUAUGAUAUUAAUUUCAUAGGACUAGCUCUGAAAUUCUGUGAUUAAUUUAUUUAUCUAUAAUUAAUUUACUACUGUAGGAUGUGUUAAUUUUUUACUAUUUAAAUUGAUUUUUUUUAUUUAUAUUUAUCUCGAUUGUUUUAUUUGCAU